AGGCGACGGCCGCAUAGAGCGCUUGUUUAGCUGCUCAGUCACUGUCAAACGUUGUCCGUGGCAACAAGAUCUUUUCGGCUGCGGUUUCCGUUCGCGGAGUUUCUUCUCACCGAAAUUUGCUUUGAUGAGUUCAUAUCAAUAACCAUAUCAAGUGGCAGCCCGAACAACGAACGCGCAAAUGAAACCAAGUGACUGAUUGAAAGAACACAAGCUUCGAUAAUCGGUUGGUGCUUAGUGGCAUUCCUCAUUCUCCCCAAAAUAAGAAAAAAAACCUAUAAAACCAGUGAAACACGAGAACGAAAACCAGGCGCAUUGCCAGGCGAAACAAUCAAGUGACAGCAGCAGCAGCCAGCCGAGUGUUGCCAAUAACGACACAACCGACAACGCCGACUGUGUGUUCCAGCAAUAAUCCGCACUCCAGUUAUGGCAACGACGCAGGGCCCAACGACGACGGUGGUGACAGGCGGAGUAGCAGCCGCCCCCGCCAUAAUGACAUCAAGGCUUGCACAGAUGCAGAUGCGCUUUCAGCAGCGCCAACAGCAGGAACGGGAUCAACGCAAGGUGGAUAUGAUAUCAACCGGAACCAGAACGGCGGUCACCAGCAGUUCGACAAUCACGGGUGGAAAUGGCAACAGCAGCCUAACUACCGCCACCACCGUUCUCCGUUCAACGACCGUCAGCCAUAGCUCUCCGGUUGGUUCCGAACCGGCAGCUGACCUCUCGGCAACGCUCGGUGCUGGCAAAGUCCGGCAAAUGUUUGACGAACGACGGGCUCACCGUGGGGCGGGAAUUGAUAAAAGUUACCCGUUGCAACCGAUUCAACCGAAAGUGGUUGCCAGCAGCAAUCAUACGAAUAAUAACAACAAUAGCGUUGCCAAUGGAAACGCAACCAAAUCGGGCACGGCGGCAGCCGGCAUGAAUAACAAAACACGGGUUCCACCGAUUUCGGCCAGCACCAAAGCCCGUCUUGCAGUGCAAGCGCGGCAGCAGGAGGACAACGGCAACGAAGAGGUUUCCAAAAAUGUGAGCUUCGAUGACAACGAGAACCUGUUGGAUGAUGAGAAAUUUCCAGAUACCAUCUCGUUCGAAGACGAUGCCGCACUGGCGACACACGCCACCAUAUCCGGAAACCACUCGGUCAACCGUAAGCUACAGAACGUGGGCAAAACGAGCGUAGUUUCACAACCGAACGUCAACAGCCUCAAGCUAAAACCGGUUCCGGGUCGUGCACCGGCUGCAGUGGGCAUAAAACCAGUCAGUGCAACGAAAUCGGUAUCGAAAAAAUCAGUCGCAACAGCACCAGCAGCAGCGCCAUUGUCCAGCCCCUCGACGACGACGACGACGGCCGGUUUGCGUGGGUCACAGCCAAGCUCCGCCAAAUCCACCACAACAUCACGUGCCUCAACUCCCGGAAAAUCAGCGAUGGCACUCGCAAGACGGAAACCUUCGACGGCAUCGUCGGUCAUGUCGACCACAGGAAUUUCGACUCUAUCCGCUGCCGGGUUUUCGAUCGACGGAGGACCAACACCGGCGGGCUUGACGCGGUGCAGCAUCUGCAAUCGGAACUUUGCCGACGAACGGAUCGAGAAACAUCGGGAAAUUUGCAUGAAAACCAAAAGCAAAAAGCGCAAGGUUUUCGACACGACCAAACAACGCGUUGCCGGAACGGAAGCCGAGAAGUAUAUCAACAAGAAAAAACCCGGUACGACGGGUGGUGGUGGUGGUGGUGGUAAGAAAUCAAUCACGGGAACGACUGCCGCGGCUGCUGGACGAAAGAGCGACUGGCGUCGCAAGCACGAGGAAUUCAUUCAGGCAAUCCGAGCCGCCAAGGAAAUGCAAGCCCAUCUGGCCCGGGGUGGAAAGUUGUCCGAUUUACCGCCACCACCACCGUCGGAAAAUCCGGACUACGUCCAGUGUCCGCACUGUUCCCGACGGUUCAAUCAGACGGCCGCCGAGCGACACAUUCCCAAGUGUGCUACCAUGCUGCACAACAAACCGAAACCGAACCAACCCAAGGGGAAGCGAUUUUGAAUGGAAUUUGGUUAUUAUUUGUUAUAUUUAUUUUUUUGAGCGAAACCUGAUAAAAUUACUAAUCAACUCAUCGUAAUGCUCGCAUUUUAAAUAAAACAGAAACACGACGAAUGAUCCGCCCGCUUUUGCUAACUCUCUGCAACCGCAGCUCGCGUCUUUAACCGGAAAAAUUGAUACCAACUAAAUAAAAACAAGAAAAACAUGAUUCAUUUAUGGCUGUGCAUUACCCCGGAAAAAAAUUUUUUGACAAGAAAUAUAAUAUCUUCGAAAAACGA